UUAAUGGUAUCUUUUUGCCUAUAAAUCCCCACAGCUUCCAUGUUCUCAGCCCUCUUCUCUUUUUCCUUCUCCUCCUAUGCAAGUUUUUUGGCAUCUUUCUGUGCUUUUUUUUCCUCCUUCCAGAUAUUUUUUUUUCCCAAAGCUAUGGCUUUGAACUGAAUCCUUCAUCUUCCUUUUUUUUCUUUGAUAUUUGAUCUUUGAUCUUGGGUUUCAAUUUCCUCAUCCAAAGUCAAGUACCCAUUUCUUGAUUUCACUCUGUUGAUUUCUUGACUUCCAAUCUCAAAAAUUUGCCAACUUUCUAUGCUGGGUUGGUGUUUUUGAGACUGUUCAAGCAUCACUCUACUGAGAUUUUGCUCAUAUUUCGUUUGUGGGUUUUUAAAACUUAUCCUGAUGCUAAAUAUUUUGUUCUUGUUGUUUGAGAUUCAUGUCUCCAAUUCUCAGUGAAAUCUUUCUUUCUGGGUUUAUGAUCAAUUCCACCUAUAGGCGCAGGACCCAUCUUGUUCAAUCAUUCUCAGUUGUUUUCCUUUACUGGUUGUAUUACGUUUCAUGAUUUUGGCUCAAAAUCUGAAACUUAGACUAUAAAAUUUAUAUAUUCAUAUAUAAUAUACUACUAUUAUCUGCAUUUUUCUGAGUUUAUUGCUGUUUUGGGUCCUGCUGUAACUCUCUCUUGAUUGCUCUUAUUCUGAAAAAAAAAAAAAAGAAAAAGAAUUUGUUCACUUCUUUUGUUUUAAGCUUCCAUGGCUUCCUCUAGUGGAACAUCUUCAGGGUCAAGUUUGCUGCAGAACUCAGGUUCUGAAGAAGAUUUACAGGCAUUGAUGGAUCAGAGAAAGAGGAAGAGGAUGAUAUCAAAUCGAGAAUCAGCAAGGAGAUCUCGGAUGAGAAAACAGAAGCAUUUAGAUGAUCUGAUGACCCAAGUAGCUCAGCUGAGGAAAGAAAAUCACCAGCUUAUCACAAGCAUCAAUAUCACUUCUCAGCAUUAUCUGAACGUAGAAGCUGAUAACUCUAUACUCAAAGCUCAGAUUAGCGAGCUUAGCCACAGAUUGCAGUCUUUGAAUGAGAUCAUCUCCUUCCUCAGUGCAAGCAAUGGCGUUUAUGGAGAUUCAAGCUCUUUCGAUGAGCCAGCUGAUAGCUUCUUGAACCCACUGAACAUGCCAUAUCUGAAUCAUCCUAUAAUGGCUUCUGCAGAUAUUUUUCAAUACUAGAUAAAGACCCAUCUCCAGAUUAUUGAGACUCCUGCAAGAGAGAGAGAGAUAGAAAAUGCCCAUGUAGCUUCUGAAGCUCAAGAAACAUAUUAUUACUGGGCAUUGGUUAAAAAUUAAGGAAUAAUAAUAACAAUAAGGGACAAAGCUUUGUGACCAUUGGUCUGUAAAUGGGAUUUUUCCUGUUGUAUUAUUAUUAUGAUUAUGGUUCAUCAGCAGAUGAUGUUGUUGCAGUUUUCUGCUGUUAUCAAUUAAUGUAAUGCUAUUUUUGCUGUUUCAA